AUGAUCUUUCAACAACGUGACGAUCUGUUAGUGAGCUAUGUGGUAAACGCAAUCCUAGUCUGCCUUGAGUACAUAUGGAUUGGUCGGUUCUAUCGAUCGCACACACCCAUAUUGUUGGUCAGCUUUUACAUAAAAGCUCUAUUCGUUGUUCUUGAAAUCGGUAUAGCCAUUGGAUUUGGGAUUUGCAUGAAGUCCAAAGCUGCACAUUCAAAGAACGCAGCCGCUGUUCUGGAAUGGGGUAAGUCUUUUGGCUCGAGCGAGGUUGCAAGGAAUUGCUGA